AUGGUGGAAAUUGGAGAGGGAAGCUUGUCCAAUUUCUGGUUUGACAAUUGGAGUUCCCUUGGACCUUUACAUUUACUUGUUACUCAGCAGCAGCUCAUGCAAUCAGGCUAUGAUACAAAAACUAAGUUAAGUUCAUUCAUCUCUGGCUCCAACUGGACAUUUUCUUCCUCCAUCACUGUUAUCCUACCCCAACUACUACCCUCUUCAUCACUCCCCACACCAGUCCCACAAAGGAAAGAUAGAUUUAUUUGGAUUCCUUCAUCCAGUGGAAAAUUCACAAUUGUUUCUACACUUAAACUCAUCAAUCGAGAUAUACCUUCUCAGCCUUGGUCUCAUCUGGUUUGGUCCAAGGUCUCUAUUCCAAAACAUUCAUUCACACUUUGGGUUGCAAUCCAGAAGCGUCUACCAACCCUCAAUAGAAGAUGUGCUGCUUACCUUAACACCACCACUUGCCUCAUAUGCAACAAUGACUUGGAAUCACACAAUCAUCUUUUCUUCAGCUGUCCCUAUGUUAAACCCUUAUGGACCUUUCUUCUAGCACAUUGUGGGUUUUACAUACUGCGCUCAAAUUGGUCUGAAUUGAUCCAUUGGGCUGCUCAUCACUGGCGAGGCAAUAAUCAUUCACAGUGUAAUUCUGUAUCCAAAUUAGCUCUCUCUUCUUUGGUUUAUAAUGUGUGGAAUAAACGAAACAGGAGUCUCUUCAAGAAGAAGAAACUUUCAGCUAACUCCCUACUUCAUAUGACACUAGAACCUGUUCGAUUGAAGCUCAUGUCCUCUACCUUCAUUGAAUCAAUCCAUACCAGACGGCUAACUAUGGAGUGGGAUCUUCCAUCUUGCGUUUUCAGACCACCACCAAAGCCUCCAGAUUAA